ACUCUCGCGAUAGUUGAAUGUCAUAAACACAUCUGUUUGCAUAACCGCGUACUUUCAGUUUUCCUACAAAUAUCAUUUUAGAAAUAUUAUGUAAAAUAUCCAUUAUUUAUAUCGGGACACCAUGAUCAUCGGAUACUGCUUCAUCUGUGCAUUUUUAGUGCUGAUAAACAAAGUGUCUCUGCAGGUCCCAGUCGAGGGGUUUAUCGGUGGUUCUGUUGUCCUGCCGUGUUCUUCAGAUGAACAUGAUCUUAAACUUCAAGAUAUUAAUGUGCUUUGGAGAGACAAAGACAGUGAGACUGUUUAUGAUAUAAUUAGUGGUAAAGAUUCAGUAGCAGGACAGAACCCACAGUACAAGAACAGAGCUGAAACCUUCCCAGAAGAGUAUGAGAGAAGAAACUUCUCCAUCAAACUCAUCAAUCUUACUCGCACUGAUGAAGGAGAGUUCAGCUGCUUCAUCAUACACUCAUCUGAUUCUAAAGAGGAGAUUGUACGGCUGUUCAUUAAUGAUUCAACAGCAGUUCCUAAUAAAGAAUCUCCUAAACAAGAAAACCAUGAACCAGGAACAAUAUCAAUAGUGAUCUGUGUUUGCAUUAUCAUUCUAUUAAUUUCCAUGAUUAUAGCCGUUUUCAAAAUUCGCAGGAAAAGGACUCCUCCAUAUAGAGAAGCACCUGUGGUAAACUGAAGGGCCUGUUGCACUCUGUAUGCGUCAGCAGCAUCUGAGCAGCCUGUAUUUUCCAGGACAUGCUAACAAAUGAGUGUUCACAUCAGAAGCAGAGUGGCAUGCCAAGCUCAAUCACAUUUUCUGUUGCAGAUUCUCUCUUGAUAUACUCUUGCUGAAAACAAUGUGCUCUGUUUGUUCUUAUUGUAUAACAGAAUGAGAUCUUGAAACUCUGAAAUAGGAACAUUUUGCCUAUCAAAUAUGUUGCUGCCUUAACAGUUCACACGUGUGUUUGAAGGAAUAAAUGUAUUUUGUAUUCUUUAUGUGUUUCUUGC